AUGAAUCAUCUGGAGAUGAUGUUCGCACCCCGCCGCGGGCCUUCCACCCCGAAGCGCAGGCGAGUAGCGCAGCCUGCCUACGCCACCCCUAGCAUGGGCUCUGCGGGCAAGAUGAAGGGCAGCUCUAGGUUGUCGACGGCGUCGAGGAAGCAGGGCUCAGUGCCCUCACCGUCUGUCCUUCUCGCAGGCAUCGGCGGCAGCAACCUGUUUCCAGGCACGUAG